AUGGGUACUCAGCGGUCCAACCUGGAUGAUCUCUCGACAGAUGUCUUGAAAGUCGGGACCGGCCCAGCUGGCUACAUGGCGGCACUCACAUUGGCGCGCUACAACGUCGACUUCCGUAUCAUUGACCAGCACCCCUUACGCAGGCAGAAUGGGCACGCUUCCGGAUUGCAGCCCCGAACUUAG